AGGUGAUAAGAAAAACUGUUUUGUGAUAAGUAUUGCGUCAAGUCAAAUUAACCAUAUCAAUACGUAUUUGUGAUCCGUACUCUACCGUAUAAUACCUAAUAAACUUUAAUGUCGCAGAAGAUACUAAAUAAACCGAAAUAUUGUGCAACUUUAAAGAUAAUAACUUUUUACUUUAAGAGACAUUUCAACUAUACCAAGCAAAACAAAAUGAGUAUUGACAUUGGAGGCAUGAGAAUAAAAUACAAAGACAAAAAUGAGACCUUUCUUGAAAAACAUUUGGUAUCUAAAGAACCAUUUGGUCAAUUUAAGGCAUGGUUUGAAGAAGCUUGUAGUAGAAAAGAAAUUCUAGAGCCAAAUGCUAUGUGCUUAGCUACAGUUUCUAAAAGUGGAUUCCCUUCUGCCCGGUUUGUUCUAUGUAAGGGUUAUGGAAAAGAUGGAUUCAAAUUUUUCACAAACUAUGAAAGCAGGAAAGCCAAAGAAAUGUGCGAGAAUCCAAAUGUUGCAGCAACAUUUUACUGGGAAGUGUUGAACCGAUCAGUAAGAAUUGAGGGUUGUGUUGAAAAACUAACCGAUGAAGAGUGUACUACAUACUUCCAUUCCCGUCCAGUUCCAAGUCAGAUAGCUGCUUGUGUUAGUCACCAAAGUAUGCCAAUUGAAUCCAGAGAUGUAUUAUGUGAUCGUGAAUCAGUAUUGGAAGCAGAGUACAUGAUUCCUGGCAAAGAAAUACCGAGACCUAAGCACUGGGGCGGAUAUAUUAUUAGACCAAAAGCAGUUGAAUUUUGGCAAGGCCAGCGUGAUCGCUUGCAUGAUAGAAUUAAAUUUCGACAAUCUGCAGAGGGAGACACCAUUGAUGGCAAGUUAUUGCAUGAAGGUGAAGACGGAUGGGUUUAUGAAAGACUUUCACCUUAAAAUUUGCACUUAUUUUUAUAGAAUAUGUACUGUAAAUUUGAAAUCAUACAGUCUUCCAUAGUAUUAAUUUAUUUUAUAAAAUAAAAACUGUCAUUUUCUGGUU